UGGCAGCGAUGGAACAGCGAUAGCGAUUGCGCACCAGUGGAGAGCGAUGGCGCAGCGAUGGAACAACGAUAGAGAUGGCGCAACGAUGGAACAGCGAUAGCCAUGGCGCAACGAUGGAACAGCGAUAGCGAAGGCAACGAUAGCGAUGGCAGCGAUAGCGAUGGCGCACCGAUUGAGAGAUGGCGCAACGAUGGAACCAACAUUGCGAUGGCAGAUAUGGUACCAGCGUUGCGAUGGCGCAACGAUGGAACCAACGUUGCGAUGGCAGAUAUGGUACCAGCGUUGCGAUGGCGCAGCGAUGGCCAACGCUGCGAUGAGAGCGAUGUCGAUUGUCAGCGCUGCGAUGGUCAGGCGAGCAUGACGGCUGCGAUGGGGGAUAUAGCUUUGCGUCGCGAUGGCGAUGAGCUAAGCGCAUCGAUAACGAUGGUGUAUGGCUAAGCGCAUCGAUAUCGAACGCCGUUGACAUUUGCAAAAUGUCCGAAUGAAAGCGACAYCGGAAC